UCGUUGUCAGGCUUUUGUUUCAGUGAAGAUGAACCGACAGCGCUGGUGCAAUUUGAAGGUGGACCUUGUGCUGUAUUAGCACCGAUGCAGGCAUACAUUGUYAAAUAUAUUGUCAACAACAAGUCUGUUGAUGAUGAUUGGAAAAAAGCCGAAGUUGAAGAACAAAAUCAUCUUCUGUGUAAAGCCGCCUGUGAUAUCCUUUGCCAAGCUACAGAAGGCUGUGAUAUUUUGAAAUUUGUACGUAUUGAUGAUAAAGCGGUGUGCCUAGAACACAGUCAGUUUCAUUCUAUGUUGAAAGUAGAACAGGUGAAUAAAGAUAGUGUUGAAACUUUUUUUAACAACCAUAUUAAUUUUUUGCGUGAUACAUUCGGAGUUUUGUUAUUUUUGUAUACAGUCAUGCGUUCUAAGGGUUUAGUUAAAUUAAAAGAAGAAAUAUGUGAUUUAGAAGUGUCAUUGAUAGAUAAAGAAUUUGGCUAUGGUAGCCAAAGCUUAAUAAAUAUGAUGAUUACAGGACAAGCAGUUUCUAAUGUAUUUAAUAACGAUCAAGUAGUUGCUGGGCUAAAAUUGCAAGGUAUUGAAAAGCAAAGUGAAAUUGGAUUUUUGACCUUAUUAGAACAUUUAAGAUACUGUCAAGUUGGAACUUAUUUAAAAAAUCCAUGUAACCCGGUCUGGGUGUUGGGCAGCGAUACACAUCUUACUGUUCUGUUCUCAUUUAACCGUAAUUUGGUYAGCAAAGAAACACAAGCUGACAUCGCUAGACGAACAUUUAAGUGUUUUGAUCAAGAUGGCAAUAACUUCAUUAGUACUCAACAUCUAAAGCCAUUGUURGAAAAAUUAGACCUUGUAUCUGAUGAUGAAUAUGUAAAUCUGAUGUCCUCAAAAUUGGAUUCCGAAGGACUAGGUAUCAUAUUAAUGCCAUCAUUUAUGGAAGAAUUUUUUUCUGAACAAGAAACCAGAACUCCAGAUGUUUUUAUGGUAUUUCAUUACAAUGGACAACCGAGAUCCAAUCCUAAUUCAAAGGUGACAUAUUUAGAAGGUAAUGCUAUAAUCCAGGAAUCYGAUGUCAUAUGUAUAUCUGAGGACAACAACUUGCAAUCUUGUUUACAAUCUAAGUGGCCAUAUAUUGAAAUACAGUGGAAAGAUAAUGUAACACCUUCAAUUAACUAAUUUUAAGUGUAAAAAACAUUUACCAAAUAAAUUACUAAUUGUA